AGUUGUGUGUUCCUGUGAGUGCGGUCGGCUGGAGAAGGGGAGGGGAUGUGAACGCCGCCGCUGCUGAUGCUGAUGCGAGAGCGAUCUGCCUGCUGUUGUGAUCGGCCAUCACCAGUGGAUCAUCCACAGACGAUCUUUGACACACUAUUGUCGUUUUCUCCGUGGGUUUCGGCGUGUCUUGCGACCGCAUCUGCAUCGUUUCUUUUUUUUCCGGGGGGACAGAUGCCGGAUAAAGACCUCGUUUCCCCCCUGGCCUGCUGUGUGUCCACAUACAGGUGGAUGAAUCCUGGGAGGUUUGAUCCGCUGGCGCCGCCGCACAACAACACGGAGAAAAACCCCGUCGGUUCAGAGAGCCAGUGAACAUCGUCGUUGCGUGUGGGAAUACGAGGUUGUUUUUCGAUAAAGCAAUGAUGAGGAAGAUAGGGGAGGUGGGGGCGACUGUUUGCCGUGCUAAUCCGCUAACAGGCUAAUUUGGCUAGCUAGCUAGCGUCACUGACACCGAAAAUACGGGAUGCUCGAAAAGUGCGUCGCUGCCAAAGUCACUACGUUAAAACGGAAUUAUAGGCCUGUUAAAUGCGAACAGAUUCGCGGUGAUGCUAGGUUUCGAAUCAUGACACUGGCCGCAAGGACACUUCCCGUCAGCAUCGACUUUGGAUUUAAAAUGAUGAUAACAGUUCGGAACGUUACAUAUCGAUUCUUUUUUGAUUAAGUGGUGUUUUUUUUACGUCGCUGACUCUGUACGAAUUCUCCUCCGGUCGAUCGAAGGGUGAGACGUUAUUCGGCUGAAGCGCCAGCCUCAUUCAUCAGCCCGUCGUGUUGACAUCAGCCCGAAGCGUUUGGUAACGUCCACCGACGAGCCUGUCAGCUGUUUAGAUGCCGUUUAAAUCUCCCUGUUUGUGCUGGCAGUGUAUUAAUGCAUGUCAUAUGUUGAUUGAAAUAAUCGGUGAAUAAAGUGGAACGAGCAUCGCGUUGUUAUUUAGGUCAACCGAACCCUCUACCUGUUUAAUUGUUAUACUAGUCGGUUUGCCGAUCACCUCGCUUCCCGCUGUUAACGAACGCCACUUAAGUCGAUCGAUCUGGAAGGUCACCACCGAUCUUUAUCGGAGCUACGCAAUAAGUGUGGGUUCAGUACACAGAAUUCCAAAAUUACAUUUGCGAUAUGCUGGGUUAACCGAAAGAGCAAUGUCGCCUUUCAAAUUAAAGAUCCUAUCUUUGGGGUAAGACGUGACGGGUCAAGUUGAACCAGACGAGAGUCCACCUGUAUGGAGGAUGUGCUCUCAGCCCCUCGAGGGCUCAGCGAGUGGCGAUCCAAACGCCCAUCUCUAGACUUUCUCACUUUAGAUUCGGACAAAGGCACAAUGUUUCCUCCAAACAACAGUGACCAGACUGGUUUGGUUUCGGUAAACAGAGACCAGGACAAUGAUUUAGGGAGCAGGAAAGAGUUUCUCCAGGAAGGUGAGGCUAACCUCGAUAACCUGUUGAGGAGUGCUGGGUAUUUCUGUGCAGAGGAUGUUAUCCAGCUACAAGGAGUCACACACUCCUCCCCACCGCACCUCCCCAUCACAGAGAAACCAGAGGAAGCAGAAGAUAACAGCGACCGCAGCCUGUCAUGGCUCUUUGGGCCUGGCUCCCCUGACCUCCUGUGGGGCAGCUCACUGGAAGGUCUCCCACAGGAAGGGUCUGUCCAGGACCAGACCGGCCAGGGGGACGAGAUUAAUUUAAUCUCCCUCAGCGUGCCUUCCUCGCCAGGGAAGGAAGUGCCCAGGACUUCUGAGCACAGGUUAUACACGACUACUCUGUUGGAGGAUCUCCUCUCCGGGGACCUGCCGUUCUCCUCUGCUGCGCUCCUCCGCCCUCGUUGUUUGGGAGAGCACCAACCACAGGGUGUCACCCAGGAGCCAGUCGGGGAAGCGGAGGGUGGGGCCUCUCAGUCACCUGAGAGCGGAGCCCCGCCCGCGUCUGGGAACAAGACCCCUCAGAGUUCACCUGAUAUCCACCACCUGCACACUGACUGCGCGAGCACACCGCAAGACAUUGCAGACGGAUCCCUGCCUUCAUUGGACUCAGAGUUUCCCGGCUGUCCAGGAAACUGCAGCCUUUCUCCCAUUGGUCCGUCCCCACUCACCUGCCCAGGUGAGCCGCUGGAUUCCCCAGAGGAGAAGUCUGAGGGCGGGCUGCCGGCGCCUGCUCUCGUCGACGCACACCCAUCCCACGGCGCAGGUGAGUGUGAGUCACCUGCACCCUGCUCGCCGGCCCCCGGCACCCCCACCGCCGCCGCCUCCGCCCCGCAGCCCUCGGAGACGCGGCCCUCCGAUGAAGGCGUUCCGGCGGUGGACGAGCUACCUGGCGACCCAGGCUCCCCGGAGAAGGCCUGUGGGGUGGGCGUGAUGGACCAGCAGGUUGCCACUGGACAGGAAGAUGUGGCGGCCGUCGUGGUGGAUCUGUGCUCGAAAACCGAGGAGCCGCCAUGCCCGGCCAUCGGUCCCGCCUCCCCUCUGAAUUUAACGGCUGGCGCUGACAGCGUCACUAGACCCACCACCCCGAACCAGGCAGGCCCCGAGUCUGAUUCCGCAGGAUCGUCCUCUCCAGAACCUCCAGAGUGGACUAGCGGUAAAUCCCAAGAGGACCGGAGGUCUCUCGCCAAGAUCGUGGCGCCUGACUCCUUGCCCAUGGUUUCCACGGUUACCCAGAAAGAGGAGAGUGUGUCUCCACUGAAGGCGGUGUUUGAUGCGCUGGACCAAGAUGGGGACGGGUUCGUUCGGAUCGAGGAGUUUAUGGAGUUUGCUGCUGCCUAUGGCGCUGAUCAGGUGAAGGACCUGACCCGGUUCCUGGACCCGUCCGGUCUCGGGGUGAUCAGCUUCGAGGACUUCCACCGUGGGAUCAGCACCAUCGGCAGCGGGGGUCCUGAGCCCCAUCUGUACGACGCACACUACAGCCCAGGUGAUGGAGCGGUCGGUUGUCCGGAGGAGUAUGACGAGCAAAACGAGGUGACGGACAGCGCCUACCUGGGCUCGGAGAGCACCUACAGCGAGUGCGAGACGUUCACGGAUGAGGACACGGGCGCGCUGCUGCAGCCGGAGAUGCACGAGGAGGUGGAGACGGACAGCGGCAUCGAGGCCACGCUGCACGACGCAGAGGACUCCGGGAACAGGUUCUCCCUGAACUCUGAGCUGCAGGACCUCUCCCUGGUGACGGUGAUGGGGGGAGGCGAGGAGGAGCACUUUGAGGACUUUGGGGAGAACCAUGGGGCAGAGCUCCUUGAGGGCGGGGUGGAGGAUCAGGAGGAGGGGCCUGCUGAGGAUGGUGGCCCCGGGGCCCUUCACACCCCCGAGCAGAUCACCUGCUCCUCCCUCAUCAUGUCCCCCAGUGCUCCUUCUCCUCUCUCUGACUGCUUGCGGAGCUACCUGAGAGAGGAGGCGCAGGACUUCUUCUGUAGCCAGUGUCACAAACAAAUCAACCGUCUGGAAGAUCUCUCCACACGCCUUAACUUCCUGGAGAUGACUAGCUCUGGCAAGCGACUCUCCAGCAAGAAGGUGGCAAGGCACCUGCUCCAGAACAGCUCGAUGACGCUGGACACCGUGAGCGACCUGACGCGAGACAUCCUGGAGCUCGCCGAUAACGAUAUCACUGACAAGGUGCUCCUGUUGGAGCGGCGCGUGGCGGAGCUGGAGAAGGAGUCUGACGCGUCGGGGGAGGUGCACGCCCGGCUGCGGCAGGAGAACCUGCAGCUGGUGCACCGCGCCAACGCCCUGGAGGAGCAGCUGAAGGAGCAGGAGGUGUACGCCGAGGAGUGCCUGGAGCAGGAGGAGCGUCGCCACAAGGAGGCGCUCGCCAAGAUGGAGCGGGACCUGGGGCUGGAGCUGGAGAACCUGCAGACCAGGAUGCAGCAGCUGGAUGAGGAGAACAGUGAGCUGAGGUCAUGUGUUCCCUGCCUGAGAGCCAACAUAGAGAGACUGGAGGAGGAGAAGCAGAGGAGUCAGGACGAGCUGGAGGAGGUGGCGGAGCGGCUGAUCGAGGAGCAGGAGACGCGCAGGAAGAUGUCAGACAAGCUGAGCCACGAACGCCACCUCAGCCAGAAGGAGAAGGAGAGCACGCAGGAGCUGAUCGAGGACCUGCGUAAGCAGCUGGAACACCUGCAGCUGUACAAGCUGGAGGCGGAGGGCCGGAGGGGGCGGCUCCCCAGCGCCGGGCUUCAGGAGUACCACACACGCACCCGGGAGGCGGAGCUGGAGCACGAGGUCAAGCGCCUUAAACAGGACAACCGCAGCCUGAAGGAGCAGAACGACGAGCUGAACGGACAGAUCAUCAACCUCAGCAUCCAGGGAGCCAAGAACCUCAUGACCGCGCCCUUCUCGGACUCACUUGCUGCAGAGAUCAACUCCGUCUCCCGUGGAGAGCUGAUGGAGGCGGUCCACAAGCAGGAGGAGAUCAACUACCGUCUACAGGACUACAUCGACAAGAUCAUCGUAGCCAUCAUGGAGUGCAACCCCUCCAUCCUGGAGGUCAAGUACUGACCCUGUCGGCCCCGGGCUCAGCCCGCAGCCUGCUUAACAAUGGUCGCAUUGCAAAUUGUAUUUCAGACACUGUCUGCUGGUGUUGGUGAUGAAGAAUAAGCUAUUUUGUUUCAAAAUCCCUGGAAUGUGUGU